GCGGGGCGGCGCAGGCGUCACACAGCCCCAUCCGGAAGCUGAAUCCUCACUGCAGAGCGCGAACUUUGGAAGAUGAACCCUUUAACUAAGGUGAAGCUGAUCAACGAGCUGAAUGAGCGAGAGGUCCAGCUUGGGGUGGCGGAUAAGGUGUCCUGGCACUCUGAAUACAAGGACAGCGCCUGGAUCUUCUUGGGAGGGCUUCCUUAUGAACUAACCGAAGGGGACAUCAUCUGUGUGUUCUCACAAUACGGGGAGAUUGUUAACAUUAAUCUCGUGCGGGACAAGAAGACUGGGAAAUCCAAAGGAUUCUGUUUCCUCUGCUAUGAAGACCAGAGGAGCACAAUUCUGGCCGUUGACAAUUUUAAUGGAAUCAAGAUCAAAGGGCGAACUAUCCGAGUGGAUCAUGUGUCUAACUAUCGGGCUCCUAAGGACUCAGAAGAACUAGAUGAGGAGACCAGAAAGCUGCAGGAGAUUGGUUGUGGGGCUCACACCCCCUCACCGACUUUGUCUGAGGGCUCUGAAGAUGACAAACCCACAAAAAAGCACAAAAAAGAAAAAAAGGAAAAAAAGAAAAGAAAGAAAGAAAAGGGGAAGACUGACCGGGAAAUACAGGCAAAGCAGUCCUCCUCUUCUUCAUCGCCCAGAAGCAAGGCAGCAAAGGAAAAGGAUGACCCAGGCCCUAAGAAGCUCAGCAGCAAGAACACUGAGAGAGUUCAGAAGCCAGAGUCCAGGGAGAGAUGGAAGCACUGCUCAGGCUCCCCCGAGGUCAGGACCACCUGCCAUGGUGCAGCAGAGGACCUGAGGAAGGAGCUGAGGAAGGAGAAACCCAAGCAUGAACACAAGUCCUCAAGCAGGAAGGAGGCAAGAGAAGAAAAGAACAGGGAUAAGGACAGAGGGCGAAGCUCCGAUGGACAUUCUAGCCGGAACAGUGGGCGUUCUGAAGGACAUAGUCACAGAAGCAGAAGUAAGAGCCGAGACAAAUCCCACAGGCAUAAAAGGGCUCGGCACUCCCGGGAGCGGGACUUCUCAAAUCCCAGUGACCGUAGGCAUCACUGAGGUCUUUUCACCUGCUCAGUAGAUUUGGCAAUGAAUUGUGUGUUUCAAAGACAGAUUCAAUUAUGCUAUUACUAUUUUUUGUAUAUAAAACCUCUGAGGAUGAACUAUUUGAAUCCUUUGAAUAUUAGAGUCAUUGAGAGGGCUGUAGUUUCAGCAGCCAUAUAUCCUG